AUGGCGACAUUAGGGAACAACCGGCAAAUUGCAAGUAUAUCAUUUGAACAAGAGCAAGAUGCGAAUUCAGCUUUAGCAGAGCUUGAUAAAGCUAUUCGAUCUGGACAAAUAGGAGUACAGUGUGAAGCUGUUGUGAAGACUCCUAGACUGUUUGAGAAGUAUCCAUUUCCUAUUCUCAUCAACUCAGCCAUGCUGAAAUUAGCUGAUGUUUUUCAUGCAGGGAACAAUUUCAUCCGGCUCUGCAUUUUACGUGUGGCCCAACAGAGUGAGAAACAUCUAGACAAAAUAUUCACUGUUGAUGAGUUCACAAGAAGAAUUUUUGGAGUUAUCCAUAGUAAUGAUCCAGUGGCAAGAGCAAUAACUCUGAGGACUCUAGGCAGUGUUGCCAGCAUCAUCUCUGAGAAACAGAAUGUUCAUCACAGUGUCAUACUCUGUCUGGAUUCACACAACGCAGUCGAAGUAGAGGCUGCUAUUUUUGCUGCUGAAAAGUUCUGUGAAAAAUCUAAAACAUUUGCUGCUAAUGUGUGUAGCAAAAUUGGUGUUAUGAUUGCUGGAUUGGCAACACCUUCUGAAAUGAAACUGAAGCUUAUUCCAAUACUUCAACACAUGCAUCAUGAUACUGAAACGGCUACGAAGGCAAUGGAUUUGUGCCAGUCUUUAUUGACCAGUUUCCCAGCAGGGAAAUUUGUCAUGCUGACUCUGUGCACAAUGACACAGUUGACUAUCAAAUCUCUCCUAAAUAUACAAGACCAUGUCACACGAUUACUGACAUAUUUGACCUCUGACCCCCGGAGCAGUGUCAAGGCUGUCUGCUUGGAUAAUCUCAGGCAAAUAGCUUUGAGAGCAGCAUACUUGUGGACCUCACAGAACCUUGAGGACAUAGCUAAGUUUACAUUUCAAACAUCAUCAUUGGUCUUAAAAGUGAAGGCAGUUUGUGUCCUGAAUGCAGUUUGUGGCAGUGUGGCAGUCACCCUCAUCUCUUUGCCACCAGAUACUGCGGUGCUGGAAGUAUGUAGAGAAUUUUGCUACCAUCCAAACACAGAAUUGGCUACCCAAGCUGUUCAGUUGUUGACUAACUUAUCAAAGUUUAAAUGUGUCCCAUGUAAUUUAACACCUGAAGCAGUUGGGGCCAUCCAGGCUCACAUCUUGCUGCAGGCCGGCAGCACGGAAGAGAAGCACUUGACCUAUCUAAAAAUGAUCCUACGUUGUGCUGUAGAGAUCUGCAAAGGCUGUACAGAUGUCAGUGAUAUGAUUGUGCAGACUUUGACCAAUCUUAUAGGCUUGUCUGAAGAAGCAAGUCAGCUGUACAUAUGUGAGUGUUUGGCAGCUGUGGGUGCUGAAUGCCCUAGUGCCUUAGAUGCUGUAUCCCCUCACAUCCUGGCCAGCUUGACAACAGCCAUCAGUGACAGCUCCAGGGACAUCACACAAGUUCACAUGUGCACUCUACUCUUCCAAGCUGGCUGCCAGAAACCUAUGAGUGCACCAAUCCAUGGACAAGUUGUAGCCUGCAUUAGCAGGGCCAGUCCCUGGGUGGCUUACAAAGUAGCCCGGCAGGCUAUGCGCUAUUGCCAGUACCAAGUGGCAUAUGACAUCCUGAGCUCACUCAGUCUGAAAGCAGUAACAGAACAUGUGCACUACUGGCUUCUGGGACUGCAACACUCUUGUGCCGCAGAGAAUCACCUGAAGCAAGUGAAGGGAGACAACUCGGAUCUGGUGGCUUGUAUUGCAGAUGCUGUGGAAAUGUAUGUCAAGAGUCAUGUCACUUUGAAGGCUGCGGGAACCCCUACAAACCCACUGGAAUUCUCGUGUGCCUAUGUUAAUUUACGUCGAAACAUCCUGGAGGCGCACCAUCUUCUGCUGUUGUCCUGCUUGUCCUUCAGUGCCAAACCUCCUCCUGCCAUUUCAACGGCAUUAGCAUUAACCAAUGAACAGGAAGGAUUGAGGUGGACACAUGUGGCUCAGCAGUUAGAAAAGUGCCUGAAAGAUUACAACGAAGCAAGCUUGCUGGCAUCAACACUGUACAAAUCAGCAUUUGAUGCUGACCCAGGUUCACUGUUGAACAUCAAUGUACUUCAGCAAUGCUGUGACUGCAUGAAAUCAGUCAUAUCUACAAUUAUUUCUACUAUUCACACUGGGAAGAGCAACCUGGGUGAGCGACAGUUUAUGACGUCAGUAAAAGAUGAAAUGAAAUCCUACAUGUCAUCAGGGGUCAGCUCUGUUAUCAGUGUCAUGAAGGAUAUCUCUGCCGCCAUGGACAAACUGUUGCCAGAUAACAGUUCCACAGGAGCUAUUUCAUAUAAGCUGAUGGACAUCCUGUCAUGGUCGGUGGCAAGUUUUGUCAGAGCAUCCCCAAGUUACCCGAGGUUUUUCUACCAGACAUUGCAGAACACAGUUAUCAAGCUGGCAGUAUCACCACAACAGAGUCCUAAUCAGGAGCCCAUUCCCCUGCGAGCUGACACGCAUUUGUCUUUGAAAGUUGAAGGAGUGGUUCAGCUGGGAGAACGGCCAGCACUUUUCAGAGAAGUCAGCUCAGUUGUAAUCUCGGUCAGCACUAACCUUGUUACCCGCAGCACAUCUACAGUGCCCACUGGCAAGGUGAAUGAAACAACAAGCGUCCAGCUCAGCCAGACAGUCCAGCCUCACAAUGAUUAUUUCAUGACCAGUUUUGUGUUGCCUUUCCCUGUUCUGGGUAUUCACACUGCCAAGAUUGAGGCCGGAGUUGUUGAUGAGAAUGGAGUCAUCUGGAACACCGGACCACGUGCAACAGUGUCUGUGAGAUCUUACGAUGAAAACAUCCAGAGGCAGCAGCAGCAGCAACAUCAGCAGUUGCGAGCUGCAGCCAGAGCACAGCAGACGUCCAGCAGUCAGCAGAUGCAUUAUGCCCAGGGCACACAUACAUAA